UCUCGAGAUAAUUAAUCAUCAUGACACUCCUUAUAAUCCGGCUGUUAUUGAAACUAGUUUUCCUUUGAAUCAAUUAACACCCUCUUCACCUGCCUCAACCCCUAACUCCCAAAAAAUAACUCUCAUUUUCCAUAGCAGCCCUGCUCGAUUCCCGCGCUAGCGGAAACUUCUCUUUAAAUCAAUUAAACAUCCUUUUCACCUGCCUCAACCUCCAACUCCAAGCAAAAGAAAUCAUGGCAUCCUCUUCCAUUUCCACCCUGGUGCUCCUCAUGCUGCUACACACAGUCCCUGCAGCACUCAGUGCUCGUCGGUGUGCAGAUUGCGGAUCUUCUCCUGUCCCCUACCCACUCAGUACUGGCCCCGACUGCGGCGACCAAUUGUACAAAAUACGUUGUAAUAGCAGGCAACUCAUUUUUGAUAGUCUCAACAAUUCCUACCCCAUCUCUUCAAUUUCUCCUGAGUCACAACGACUCAUUAUCCAACCAUCACCUUUCGUGUCAAACACCUCGUGUGUAACACAGGACAUUUCCACAGUUGGCGUUCAGCUCAAUUCAUCUCUCCCCUUCAAUAUCACCGGCAGCAACACGAUCAUUUACUUAAACUGUUCGAAGGAGUUGCUUCGGUCUCCGUUAAACUGCUCAUCAACGAGCUUAUGUCACACCUACUUGAAUUCAACUUCAGAGAUUGGCGCUGGAGCGUGUAGGAACGCGCCAAUUUGCUGUACUUUUAGGGCAGGUGGAUCGUCAACGUCGCAUAUGAUUCGGGUUAGGGAAUCGGGUUGUCGCGCUUAUAGGAGUUUUGUGAAUUUGGAUUGGGAGUUACCGGUUCGGAGAUGGCCGCAAACUGGAAUGGAAUUGCAGUGGGUUUCACCACCGGAACCGGUUUGUACGGGUCAGGGUGAUUGUGAUUCGGAUUCGACGUGUAGACCCGACCCGAAUGGGAGUGGAGUUAGCAGGUGUUUCUGUCAUUCUGGGUUUCAUUGGAAUCCUGUUGCCGCGUUAUGUGCUCAAGAUGUGACAUGCCAAGAUCGUGAUGGUUGUGGUAGCGACCACACUGCACUAAUAGCAGGUUUGACAUCAGGUUUGGGUGUGGCAGUGAUUGCUGCUGUAAUUGGGAUUUUUGUGUACAGACGUCACAAGCGAAUUAAGGAUGCACAAGAUCGACUAGCUCGUGAACGGGAAGAUAUUCUUUGCUCAGGUGGUGUAAGAUCUGCGAAGCUGUUUACAGGCAAAGAAAUCAAGAAAGCAACGCACAAUUUCUCUAGGGACCGCCUUCUUGGUGCUGGGGGUUAUGGUGAAGUUUACUUUGGUAUACUUGAUGAUGGUACCGAGGUUGCUGUUAAGUGUGCCAAGCUAGGGAAUACUAAAGGCACUGAUCAAGUUCUCAAUGAGGUGAGAAUACUCUGUCAGGUUAACCACAAGAGCCUCGUACGCAUUCUAGGUUGUUGUGUUGAGCUUGAACAACCAUUGCUUGUUUAUGAGUAUAUCCCUAAUGGAACGCUUAGUGAUCAUUUGCAUUUGCAACGCAAACUUCUAACAUGGGAUCGCCGGCUCAGCAUUGCCCAUGCAACUGCAGAGGGACUUGCUUACUUGCAUUUCUCUGCAGUUCCUCCCAUUUACCAUCGAGAUGUCAAGUCUAGUAACAUUUUGCUCGAUGAGAAAUUGAAUGCUAAGGUCGCAGACUUUGGUCUUUCACGGUUGGCUCACACAGAUCUGAGUCAUGUGUCCACUUGUGCUCAGGGUACACUUGGUUAUCUUGACCCUGAGUAUUACAGGAACUACCAAUUGACUGACAAGAGUGAUGUGUACAGUUUUGGGGUUGUGUUGUUGGAACUCUUGACAUCCCAAAAGGCCAUAGACUUUGAUCGAGCACAGGAUGAUGUGAACUUGGCUGUAUACGUGCAAAGGUUGGUAGAAGAAGAGAAAAUAAUGGAUGCUGUUGAUCCUGCACUAAAGGAGCGAGCAAGUAGCGUGGAGUUGGAGACAAUGAAGGCACUCGGUUUCCUGGCUGUCAGUUGCUUGGAGGAAAAAAGACAGAGAAGGCCUUCCAUGAAAGAAGUAGCCGAGGAGAUUGAGUACAUAAUCACUAUUAAUACUGCAAAACCAAUGGAAUGACAUGUUUAAAAUGGUAAACAAUUUAAUUUUCUACCAUAGAGAUUCAUAGAUUCCCUCUGCCCCUGCUUGUGUGUAUUUUAGGUUGGGAGUGAAAGCCAGAAAGUGAGAAAUAAAGACCUCCGUAUUAUGAAGUUUAUUAAAUAUUCUUCUUUUGGAAUUUCUUGUUGAUACAACUGGAGAGUGAUUGAGUUUAUACAUACAUAUCUAGAGUUGCUUUUUUUUUUUUUUAA